AUGCUAGAGAUGAUUAGGUGCUUGUUGAUGAGAAGGAUCCAGUGGAAGAGGGACAAGAUGAGCAGUUGGCCUCAUCAAAUAUGCAAGAACAUUUUUGACCAUGUCCAACAGAAAAAGUUAGAAGCAUGUAAUUGUACUGUGCAGCGGUCUGGUGGUCCUAAAUAUCAAGUGGAUGCAGGAAGAGGUGACCAAUAUGUGGUGGAUUUGGAUAAUCACACUUGUUCUUGCAGAAAGUGGGACUUGUCAGGCAUUCUUUGGGUUCAUGGAAUUGUUGCCAUACAUUACAAAGACGGUGAAGCUGUGGAGGAUUAUGUGCAUUCAUACUACAACAAGGACAGUUACACGGCCCUCUAUAACAAUCUCAUUAUGCCAAUUAAUGGAUCACAUCUAUGGGAGAAGACCAACCAGACAGCAAUAAAUCCACCAGCCUACAUUAGACAACCUAGAAGACCUAGAAAGGUGAGGAUAAAAGGAGCUGAAGAGAGAACAAAUAAGACUUGGGAAAAAUGGUUGGUAAGACAAGGAAAGCAAAUGAGGUGUAGUAUUUGUGGCUCAACUGGCCAUAACAAAAUCACUUACCAUCAGAAUCUAUCUCAAAAGGAAAAACCUCUAUCAAGGGGUAAAGGAAGACCAAGAAAAAUACCUAACGAAGACCUUGCAGUUGCUGCUGAUGAAGCAAAAGCAGCUGCAAGAGUUAGGAGAAAGCUUGCAUAUGCGAGGGCAAAGGCUGCUGCUACUGCAAAGAAGGCUGCACUAAAUGCUUCCCAGCCAAAUGCAGCUGAAACUGCUUGA